AUGGUACCCUCGGAGGAAGGCCGUCAGGACCCUCGCAACGACGACGUAAGCUUGUCGUUGCCUGUUCGUGAGAUUGGCCAGGCGUCGUUCAUGCUUUCACCAACGCCGGAUCCUUGUCCGUCCGAGGCGGGCGCACCCCUCUCGAUUGACGCCUGCGUUGGCACUGCCCUUAUCGGCCGUGCAAGUGUGCCACACACGGCUAUUGGGAGCGCCACUCCUGGUGAACGAACGAUGAACGCUCAGCUGACCUCGACGGCGCUCCAGGUGUUCGUGCCCUUUAUCCUGGCUGGCUUCGGCUCCACCUUGGCUGGCAUCCUGCUCGACGUAGUCAAGGAGUGGCCGGUGUAUGUGAUAGUGCAUCACAUAUUCGUGGUCAUUCCACCCUUGCUGGGACUCAACGGCAACCUGGAGCAGACCCUGGUGGCGAGGCUUAGCACCCAGGCAAACUUGGGCAACCUGAACCGGGUUCGCGAACAACUACCCAUGAUAUUUGCAAACAUCGCCCUCUUGCAGUGCCAGUCGACAGUGGCGAUCUUCCUGACAUGUUCACUCGCCGUCCUGAAAGGUCUGGCGAUUGACGGUCUCUGGGACCCUUCCCACAUCGCCGUCCUCUACGCUGGAGCGCUGGCCGCUGUCAACACCGUCAGCUUCGUGAUGUCUACGGUCGUGUUGCUGCCCACCAAGUGCGAAAAAAACCCGGACAACAUCGCGCCGGCCGUCGCGGCUUCGUUCGGCGACCUGACCACGCUUUUCCUGCUCUCCGGCUACUCGUCUUUAAUGCUGUACCAUCCGUAUCUGGCGCCGCUGGUGAUCGCGUUGUGCCUGCUCCUGCUGCCAAUGUGGAUAGUUCUGGCCCGACGCAACACCGUCUCCAGGGAGGUGCUGCGCGUCGGGUGGCUGCCAAUUAUUAUCGCACUCACGGUCUCGAGCUUCGGCGGGUACAUCCUGGAUUACGCAGUCUUCGCUUAUCCGCCAAUUGCCCUCCACCUGUCUGCAGUAAAUGCGCUGGGCGGCAACCUGGCGGCCGUCUUCAGCUGCAGCUUGUCCAGUUACCUGAACCGGGUGACGCCACUGGGAGACAUACCAUUCGGGGAACACGUCUGCGUGGGGCCCCUACAGAUGUACUACCAGGGUGGGGAGAUGGCCAACGUGGCCUACGUGCUCGUCGGCGUCGUGGUGCCCGGCCAGACGCUGUUCGCUGUGCUCUCUAGGAUUCUGCGCUUCGGCAAGGUCUCCAUGACCAUCACCUUCUUCGCAGCCUAUUGUGGUGCAUCGCUAGGGCAGGUGCUGGUAUUGCUGUACUUGGCGCGCCUCAUCGUGUACCACCUCUGGAACUGGGGUGUCGACCCGGACAACGCGGCCAUCCCCUGCCUGACGGGCUGCGGCGACUUCCUUGGCACGGGAUUUCUCACCCUGGCCUACGCGUUGCUCUACUACAUGGGCGACGAAUCGGCC